AUGCUCCGCCGCACCCUCCCCCGCUCAGCCCUCCCGCGCCCCACCCUCCCCGCAGCCAGGGCAUUCACAAAGCCCUCCGCCCCCGCUGCCGCCUCCACCCAGCUCGCCAGCUCCUCCAGGUCCGAUACCAACGUCCUCUUCGAGUUUGAUGCCCACAAGGUCGGUAAUGAGAUCCGGAAGAGGGGUCUCGCCAACGCCCAGCGAGAAGGUGGCAUGGACCGUGACACUAUCAUCCGAUUGCUCUACUCUCUUGGGUCCAGGCAUGAAGUUGAGCGAUACCUCCGCAUCUUCACCCAGUCCAACUCUUCCGCCGGCGGCGUCUUGCCUGAAGCCAAAUUUGCUGUCCUCAAGAUUGGCGGCGCUAUCCUCACCAACGAGAUUGACGACCUUGCCCUCUCUCUCUCUUUCUUGAACAGGCUCGGUCUGUUCCCUGUCGUACUCCACGGUGCUGGACCCCAACUGAACGAGAUUCUCGAGGCUGAGGGUGUCGUCCCCGACUAUGAGGACGGUAUCCGAAUCACUGACGCCAAAACGCUUGCCGUGGCUCGCCGCGUCUUCCUCCAGGAAAACCUCAAGCUCACCACUGCCCUUGAGCGACUCGGUACCCGCGCCCGACCCAUUCCCACUGGCGUCUUUACCGCCGACUACCUCGACAAGGCCAAGUACGGUCUCGUCGGCAAGAUCACCAAGGUCGACAAGGCCCCCAUCGAGGCUGCUAUCAAGGCUGGAUGCUUGCCCAUCUUGACCAGUUUGGCCGAGAACGCCGAGGGUCAGAUCCUCAACGUCAACGCUGAUGUGGCUGCUGGUGAACUUGCCCGUGUUCUCGAGCCCAUGAAGAUCGUCUACCUCAACGAGAAGGGGGGUAUCUUCCACGGUGUCACCGGCAAGAAGAUAUCUACCAUCAACCUCGACGAGGAAUACGACGCUCUCAUGAAGGAGUCUUGGGUCAAGUUUGGCACCAAGCUCAAGAUCCGAGAGAUCAAGGAGCUCCUCGACACCCUUCCACGAACUUCAUCCGUUGCCAUCAUCUCCACCGACAUGCUCCAAAAGGAGCUCUUUACCGAUGCUGGUGCGGGUACCCUCAUUAGGCGAGGCUACAAACUGUACAAGCAGCCUUCUGUGGAAGCUGUCGGUAGCAGCCAGCUCCGCCAGGUCUUUACUGAGCGUGACCCCGAGGUCCAGAGCGGCCGAAAGUCUGUUGCCGAAAUCUUUUCCGACCUCAAGGAGUCUCCUCACACCAUUUACGGUGACGAGCCCUUUGACGUCGUUGCCGUUGUCUCUCACCCCGAGGGCGAGUCCCCCGUCAUGACCAAGUUCCUUCCUUCUCGAAACGGCAUCCUCAACAAGAUUGUGGACAAUGUCUUUGAUGCCGUCAAGAAGGACCACAAGCGCCUUUUCUGGACCGCCAAGGCCGAUGACGAGAACCGCGCCUGGCACUUUGAGCGAGCUGACGGCUCCUUCACCAGGGCUGGCAGGAGCUUGUUCUGGUACGGCGUCAGCGACGUCAAGGAGGUCGAGAGAAUCAUUCAGGGUUUUGAGGAGAACGGCAGGAUUGAGCGAGUCUUCCUCCCUGUCGGUCCCAGUGUCCCUCCCCACCGUCGAGCUGCUGGCGCCCCCGCUGGUGCUCGAGCCUUCUCCACCUCUGCUCGUCCCUCUAUGGCUUCCAACUCUGCCGCCCAGAGCGCUCGAGGCUACGCUACCGUUUCCGAGGUUGCCCCCCGAAAGCGAGUUGCCCUUAUCGGUGCUCGAGGUUACACUGGCCAGAACCUCGUGUCCUUGAUUGACAGCCACCCUCACCUUGACCUCACCCACGUCUCUUCUCGAGAACUUGCUGGUCUCCCCUUGAAGGACUACUCCAAGUCCCCUGUCAAGUACUCCAACCUCUCUGUGGAGGACGUUGGCAAGAUGGCCGAAAACAACGAGGUCGAUGCUUGGGUCAUGGCUCUGCCCAACGGUGUUUGCAAGCCCUUUGUGGAUGCCGUCGACAAGGCGGUGGCCAAGGGUGGCAAGAGCGUCAUUGUCGACUUGAGCGCCGACUACAGAUUCGAAGACAGCUGGACAUACGGAUUGCCUGAACUCUACGGUCGAGAACAGAUCCGGGGAGCCACCAGGGUUUCCAACCCCGGUUGUUACGCCACCAACACACAGCUCCUUCUUGCCCCUUUGAUGCCCCAUCUUGACCCCAUCCAGAGGCCUUCAGUCUUUGGUAUCUCUGGUUUCUCUGGAGCCGGUACCAAAAGCGGCGAAAAGGACGCCGAGGGUAGGCCCAAGACUGUCCCCAAAAUCUCUGCCGAGGACCUCAACGGUGCUAUCCGACCCUACGCCCUCACCGACCACAUUCACGAGCGUGAAGCUUCCCGCCACCUCUCCUCCAUCAUCCCUUCUUCGUCUUCCAUCACUCCUUCCGACUUUUCCCUCGGCUUCAUCCCCAAUGUCGCCCCCUGGUUCUCCGGUAUCAUCUCUGUCCUCACCGCCCCUCUCGCAAAGUCUAUGCGAGCUUCCGACAUUUCCCAGCUCUACGAGGAAAUGUACAAGGGAGAGCAGUUGAUCCAGGUUGCCAAGGGUGUCCCUGAUGUGAAUGAUGCCAUGGGCAAGCAUGGAUGGAGGGUCGGUGGUGUCCAGGUGCACAGCAGUGGCAAGAGGGUCGUUGUGGUUGGAGCUUUGGACAAUUUGCUCAAGGGUGCCGCCACUCAGGCCAUGCAGAACUUGAAUCUUGCCCUCGGGUAUGAUGAGCUUGCUGGUAUUCCCAAAGACAAGCUCUAA